AUGGAUGUGUUGUCAGGGUCAGGUGUGUAUGAUGGUUCAGAAGUUCAUGAGGCUUCAGCUGCGUUGGUGUCUCUGACCCGUGCUGGAGCUGAUGUCGUUUGUUAUGCCCCAGAUGCUCCUCAGAUGCAUGUUAUUGAUCACUCCAAGGGUGCUCCUUCUGAGAAUGAGACCCGCAACGUGCUAGCUGAAUCUGCCCGUAUUUCACGUGGAAAUAUGAAGCCCAUUACUGAACUGACAAGUGGAGUUGCUGAUGCUGUGAUUUUCCCAGGUGGAUUUGGAGCUGCUAAGAAUUUGUCAGACUUUGCUGUUAAAGGAGGGGAUAUGACUGUUAUUCCUGAGGUGGAGCGUGUCUUGAAAGAUUUCCAUGGCGCCAAGAAGCCCAUUGGCCUUUGUUGUAUUGCUCCUAUGCUGGCUGCUAAGGUCCUUGGAGGAAGUGGAGUCACCAUCACACUUGGGAAAUCAGAUGAUGGUUCAGGCAAAUGGCCAUAUGCAGGAUCCUUGGAGGCAGCAAAAGGCUUAGGGGCUAAUGUAGUUGAGCAGGGUGUGGAUGAAGUCACCAUUGACCAAGCAAACCAGGUCGUCACAACACCUGCUUUCAUGUAUGAAGGGAAGUUCCACGAGAUUCAUGACGGUGUGGCUAAAAUGGUGAAUGCUGUCCUGGGUCUGGUCAAGAGUUAAUUGAGAUCUGGUAUGAUCAUAGUGCAUUGGGUAUUUAUCAGCCAUGUAAGGAAUAUAUCAAGUCAUAUCUCCCUUGUAAUCAGAUGCAGAAUGAUUUUAAUCUUCAUGUGAUAUCCUUUAGAAAAAAAAAAAUCAUCUGUGAUUCCACAUCUUGUAAUAGAUUGUUUUCACGUGACAUUACCAAUCUCGCGUUGGCCAUAUUGGAGGCAUUAGAGGGAGACGUAUACUCAAACUCAGUUUGUUGGCAAAAUGGUGAAUAAUUGUCGAGUCUAUGGCCGUCAUAUUAGGCAAGAUCGAGAAUUACACCUUCAAUUUUAUAGAUUGCCUAAGAUAAUUCGAAACCAAGGAGAAAAUACUCUGAAACUGAGCGAGGAACGACGGCGGCUUUGGCUUUCACGUCUUCAGCUGAACUUUCAAGGGAAAAACUUGGAUAACAAAACUUGGAGAGUUUACUCACUCCAUUUUAUGUCAGGUAAUCAUAAAUUUACAUAUCUUAUUUAGAAUAUGUUUAUAGGCAAUAUGAGAAACAUAUAAGAAACUGUUAAAGAAAGUUAGUAUUAGAAACUGGUUAAAAAUGAAGAAACCAUUGGCCUAUCAGGGGUAUCUUCUAGAGUCAAACAAGGAUAUUUUCUCCGAAAUGGAAUUUAAAAACGCGUGUAUAACCAACUACUCUAGAACUGACUACUCGGUGUACCUCCAAUAUGGCCGUGCAUCCGGGAACCUUUAUCGAUAAUGACGUCAGUGAAAACACUUUAUGGUAUUAAGUUGUUUAUUGGUUGAUGUAUUGUUGUAACUAGAAAAAUGUGCUAAAACAGUAACAUGUAUGAAAUGUGAAAUUAAAUAGAAAAAUAUA